GAUAAACGAAAAUGCGGCCCGCAGUACGGAGCAACUCGACAUGCGCAAACUUUAAAUCCUCACUCGUCUGUUUUUUGUUAUUUAUAUUAUAAAUAAACUUUUUUUUUCGUAUUUCGUGUACCCGAAAAAUGUGAUAAGAUAACACGCGAAGCAUUCGACUUGUCGUUUUUAAAGUGCGAGAGGUGCGAGGACGUGGUGUACAUUUUUAUUUCACGGAUCCUGUGAGUUUUAAUCGAAUGUGUAAAGGGUAAAACCUAAAAAGUGCAACAUUUUGUAAAUGGUUUAUUUUUGUUAAGGAAUAAUGACAACGUUGGAAUUGUACACCAAGGGUGCCAGAGUAUGGAUUCCGCAUCCAGAAAAAGUGUGGGAAGGCGCCGUCUUACUGGAAGACUUCAAAUCCGGCAAAACCACCCUGGAAGUCCGUACAGACGACGACCAGGCAUCGAAAACGAUACAAGUCAAAAAGGAAACCGACCUGCCGUUCCUGAAAAAUCCCGAUAUCCUUAUUGGGGAAAACGAUCUGACUUCCUUAUCGUACUUGCAUGAACCAGGAGUACUUUAUAAUUUACAAGUGCGAUUUUGCGAGAGAAAAGAUAUCUACACUUAUUGCGGCAUUGUGUUGGUGGCAAUCAAUCCAUAUGAUGAACUUCCUAUCUAUGAUACGGAUACAAUCCAGGCCUACAGAGGCCAAGCGAUGGGGGAUUUGGACCCUCACAUAUUCGCGGUGGCGGAGGAGGCCUACACAAAAUUGGAGAGAGAACAGAGAGACCAAAGUAUAAUAGUUUCUGGAGAAAGUGGAGCAGGAAAGACUGUUUCAGCUAAAUAUGCUAUGAGAUAUUUUGCUACCGUUGGCGGAAAUGCCACCGAGACUCAGGUGGAGAGGAAGGUUUUGGCUAGCAGCCCUAUUAUGGAGGCUAUCGGAAACGCCAAAACCACCCGCAACGACAACAGCUCAAGAUUCGGUAAAUUCAUCGAACUGCAGCUCAAUAAACAAUUCAACAUAAGCGGCGCCUCUAUGCGCACCUAUUUACUGGAAAAAUCCAGGGUGGUGUUCCAGGCACCCGACGAGAGAAACUACCAUAUUUUUUAUCAACUUUGUGCGGCAAGGGAUCGGUUAAAGCAUUUACAUUUGGAUCACCAGGAUAAGUUCCAUUAUCUCAACCAGGGCGCGAGUCCUUUGGUGCAAGGCAUAAACGAUUUGGUAGAAUUCGAGGAGACUGAAAAUGCUCUGAAAACUUUAGGGUUCUCAGAGGGAGACAGGGAAAAUAUGUUUAAAAUUUUAGCAGGGGUGUUGCACUUGGGUAAUAUACAGUUCAAGCAGUGCCUGAUUAAGGUUGAAAAUGAACAGGAUCAAGAAGGGUGUACUAUAUCAAAAAAUGAUCGUCAUUUAAACAUUCUCUCGGAUAUUCUGGAACUAAACCAAGAGGAACUGAAGCAAUGGCUGGUUACAAGAAAAAUUGUCUCUAUGAGGGACAUUUACUUGAAACCGAUGACCGCAGAAGAAGCAGCCUCUUGUAGAGACGCUUUAGCAAAAUAUAUCUAUGCAGAGCUUUUCAACUGGAUUGUCCUAGUGAUUAAUAAGGCCCUAGAGUCUAAUGUGCCUAAGCAUAAGUUUAUUGGGGUACUAGACAUAUAUGGAUUCGAGACCUUUGAAACAAACUCAUUCGAGCAAUUUUGUAUAAACUAUGCUAACGAGAAGUUACAGCAGCAAUUUAAUCAGCACGUGUUCAAAUUGGAGCAGGAGGAGUACAUUAAAGAGGGAAUUGAAUGGAAAAUGAUCGACUUUUAUGAUAAUCAACCCUGUAUUGAUUUGAUCGAGACGAAGCUAGGCAUUUUGGAUUUGCUUGAUGAAGAAUGUCGGAUGCCCAAAGGUAGCGAUGCUUCCUGGACCGAAAAACUUUACCUAAAAUGCACGAAAUACUCCCAUUUCGCGAAAAGUCGCUUCGGCCGUUCCAGUUUUAUCGUAAACCACUUUGCCGACAAAGUCGAGUACGAAAGUACCGGUUUUCUCGAAAAAAAUCGCGACACCGUCAUCGAAGAACAAAUUCAAGUGAUCAAAUCGAGCAAGAACUCGUUGCUUAAGCGAUUGUUUGGUAGUGACGAUCAAAAACUACAGGCGUCAGGUACCAAACUAAAAGUUGUCGCGGCAAAAUCGGAGUCUGGUGCCAAAAAGUCCCAUAAGAAGUCGGUGGGUUCUCAGUUUAGGGAAUCCCUGAACGCUUUGAUGACCACCCUUAAUGCCACAACUCCUCAUUACGUGAGAUGCAUCAAACCGAACGACAGUAAGGCAGGUUUUGAGUUUAAUGCCAAAAGGGCUGUACAGCAAUUAAGGGCCUGCGGAGUGUUGGAAACCAUCCGGAUUUCUGCUGCAGGUUUUCCCAGUCGUUGGAACUACAUGGACUUCUUCUAUCGUUAUCGAGUCCUAUGCAAGUUUAAAGAUAUCGAUCGUAAUAACAUGGAAAAAACUUGCCACAACAUAUUGGGUCAAUACAUAAACAAUGCCGAUAUGUAUCAGUUUGGUAAGACGAAAAUUUUCUUCAGAGCUGGCCAGGUAGCUUACCUGGAAAAGCUCAGAUCGGAUAAGUUGAAGGCUUGCUGCAUAAUGAUGCAGAAAACUGUAAGGGCAUUUGUAGCCAGGAAAAAGUACAGGAGAAUCAGGAAAUCUGCGAUGUUAUUGCAGAGAUAUGGCAGAGGAUUGUUGGCUAGAAGAUUGGCCAAGACGAUCAGACGAGAAAGGGCGGUUAUUACCAUCCAACGAUACGUCAGAGGAUUUAUUGCAAGAAAAACAUUCCAAAGAGAACGAAAAUGCAUCUUGGGUCUCCAAUGUCGCAUCCGAGGACUUUUGGCUAGAAGAAGAUAUCACAUCAUGUUGGAUAAUGCUAGGGCUAUUACACUUCAAAGGUACAUAAGAGGUUAUUUGGCCAGAAAACGUAUGGCAAAACGCACAAGGUACAUCGUGGUUUGUCAAGCUGCCAUCAGAAGAUUUUUAGCCAGAAGACAAUAUAAACGUCUUAGAAUUGAAGCCAGAUCAAUUGAACACAUUAAAAAUCUCAACAAGGGCCUGGAAAAUAAAAUCAUUAGCUUGCAGCAAAAGAUUGAUGAACUUAACAAGACUAAUGCUGAACUGAUGAAUUACAGAAACGAAGUUAACGAGCUAAAGAAUAAGCUGAAGAGCUUUAGGGCUCUCGAAAUCGAGGUUAAGAACCUAAACAGCUUAAUAAUAGAAAAAAACAAAACGAUAGAGAAACUCGCGGAAGAUCUACAAGCGGAAAAAGAAGAAAAGAUCGAUCUGAUCAACGAGCAAGAACGUUACAGAAAAGAAGUGGAAAACCAACGGGUCUUAUGGUCCCAAGAAACGGACAAACUCAAAAAAGAGUACGAGAACAUAAUCGAAAUGCUUAAAGUAAACGAAAAAGGAGCCGAAGAAAACAUCAAACUCCGCAUGGAAGAAGAAAAGAAAGAGAUCCUAGAUGAAGCAGACCAGGGACGUCAAGCCUACCAGAAGCUGCUUCAGGAGUACCAUCAGCUGGAGCAGCACUGCGAGGACCUGGAGAAGCAGAUGAAUAGACGGAAUCACAAGAGGAACAUAAGUGAUAUCAGUAGCAUUUCAACUGUGGAUGUUAGUGAUAUUCCUGAGGAUGGCGGGUAUGGAUCGGUCAGGUCUACGGUUAACACUAGGGAAAGACUGGAUAAUAUUGAUUGGAAUGUGGCAAACCACGAUAGUCAAUCUCCGAGCUCAACUAGCGACUCCAACCAAAAAUCCGAGAUAGAAAGCAACGUGGAUAUAAAGUUGGUCAUCAAACUACAAAAUAAACUUUCAGAUGUGGAACGUGAGAAAAUGAGAAUCCAGAAGCGGCUGGAUGAGUUGGAUAUGUCGCCAAGGAUUGAAAGGGCCGAAAAUGCCGCAAAAGACGCCAUAAGAAUCUCCGAACUGGAACUGUGCAACUCCAACCUCAAAGCUCAACUCCUCGAAUUGCAAAACUCGAUCAACGAGGGCACCGGACUGUCCAAACUGCACGAACAUCUCCAACAGAUGCAGAUUGAAUUGGACCGUAGAAGCGAAGAAGUCGUUCAGCUGAAGAGCGUCCUGGCCAAUCAGACCGAUAAUAUGAAAUCAAUAGUGAAUUCCAAUAACCAUAUGGGUGCCUACAUAAACGAAGACGGCGAGUUGGCUUUAGCAUACGAAACCCAAAAAACGAUCAAUAAACAGCUGGAACUCGAGUUACAAGACGAGAAAGCGAAAUACAAGGCGUACGAGAGGGAGUACAAGUUGGAAAUUGAGAAGUUGAGGGAGGACAAUGAGCGACAACAACGAAUUUUAUCCGCAAACUUGAACCCUCAGAGUCAGAACGAGGCGUUUAUGCACCACGAGAUUGCUCGACUUACUAACGAUAAUUUGGCGAUAAUUGAUAAGAAUGAAGCGUUAACUGAUAUGGUGAGAAAAUUAAAGAAACAGGUGAAACUUCUUUCAAGGAAACUUAAAGAUGCUUGUCUUGAUGUGGAUGAUACUCUACUGCUAGAUGGUAAAAAUGGAGCCAUGCCUAUUCCCCCAAGUAGACUUCAACCGUCCCUUAGGAAGAAAGAUAAUAAGGAGUAUAUGGGGAUGUUUUCCUAUAAAAGUGGCGACGAGAAUGCCAUAAUGAAAAAACUGGUUUUAGAUCUUAAACCCAGAUUAGCCCUCACUCUUCUCCCGGGUCUUCCAGCUUACAUAAUAUUCAUGUGCAUCAGACACAUCGACUACAUAAACGACGAAGUGAAAGUCCAAAACUUCUUUAUGGCUUACAUAAACACCGUUAAGAAACUCAUCAAAAAGAAACAGAAAGAUGACUUCGAGGUGACCGCUUUAUGGAUGACAAAUAACGUCAAAUUAAUCCAUUGCUUAAGGCAGUACAGCGGAGAGGCACAGUUCCAAAAGCAAAACACCCCAACUCAAAACGAGCACUGCUUAAGGAACUUUGAUCUCUGGGAGUUUAGGCAGGUGUUAUCCGAUCAGGCCGUCUGGACUUUCCAAGGAUUAACUCAUAAUUUACAAGAGAAAAUCCAGCCGCUGAUCGUGCCAGCGGUACUGGAACACGAAGAAGUGCCUGGAAUGAGUGGGAAAUCUGCUGGGCUUAGAAGUAGAAUGGGGAGUGUCACUAGUCCCUCCUCAGAAGCACCCAAUCAGAGUCCAAUUAAUGCUUUGAUACAGGAGUUAACUAAUCAUUAUAAGAUUCUGAUAUUUUAUGGUCUCGAUGGCGAAAUAAUUUCCUGCAUUUUCAAGCAAAUCUUCUAUUUUAUUUGCGCGUCUGCCCUCAAUAACUUGCUGCUAAGAAAGGAGCUGUGCCAUUGGUCCAGAGGGUUGCAGAUCAGACACAACCUGUCCCAUUUAGAGAUGUGGACCAGGGACAUGAACCUUGACGCCGAAGGGAUUAGAGCCAUGUUAGAGCCGGUAAUUCAAGCGUCUCAGCUUCUACAAGCCCGUAAGAACGAUACGGACGAAGAUGCCAGUAAUUUGUGCGAAAUGUGCAAGGCGCUGACACCAUUGCAGAUUUUGAAAAUUCUGAAUUUGUACACCCCGGCAGAUGAUUACGAUAAAAUUCCGUUUUCGUUUAUUAGGAGGGUGCAGGAGAAGCUGAAGGAGAGACAGGGUAAACUUGAAGAGGGACAACAGCAACAACAGACAUUGCUGAUGGACGUAAAACAUAAAAUCCCAGUGACGUUCUGCUACAAGCCCUCGAAUAUUCAACUAGAGGAGAUCGAAAUACCCGAUUGCUUAAAUUUAUCGACCCUACUUACCAAGGUUUAGGUGUUAGUAACCCUUACUUUAAAAAUGUAUUAUGCUAAUUUCAGAACUUGGUAAGGGUUUUUGUUAAAUUGCUUUAUCUAAGUUCCUGCACUAUUAUACGUUUAUCCCUUUAAAAGGUACGCUGCAAGUACAAUAAGUUAUUAAAAAAUUAUUACCGAUAUUAAAUAUAUAUAAGUAGGUAAAUAUUAGCUGUAUAUAUAUAUAAGAGGUGUGCAAAGGUGAGGCAAUUAGGUUCAAAGUCUACAUGGUUCGUAUUGAGAUUCUGUUAAAGAAAUCAACAUUUUCCGUUAAAAGUCAUCGUGCUUUGAUCUUAAUGCUGUCACAUAUGAUAUCCUGGUUCCUUAGUUUUUUAAAGUAAUAUUUAAUAUAGAAAAAUCCUUUAAAAAUUCGUUAUAUAUAGAGCACUUGUUAAUAUUUUUAUAGUCAAUUGGCGAAUUUUAUUGCAUCAUUUGCAAUCUAAAUAGUUCACUUACGUUUGUGAUUCAAGCUGUGCCUAUAAACUCCUCAUUUUUUUUCCAUUUAAAAAAUGAGUUUGGUCUGUUACGUUAAUAUUAACAAUUAAGUAAAUUAUUUUACGAGUUACCCUCCUGUAUAUUUUUUUAGAUAUUUAUUAUGUAGUUGUAAGGAAAAAUAUAUUUAUUGUUGUAAAUUUAUUAUAAGGAACGUUGAGCGUAGUUGAAUGAAAAGUUUACGGCGGUUAAUGUAAUUUUUAAAAAUAAUUUAUUGGACAGGAAAGGGGCCAUAGUAAGAUAUUUAAUUGAAAGCAGAUUAUUUUGUUGUGAAAUUCCAAGGAAAACUUAUUGUGGAACGUAUAGUUUACCAGAAUUCAGUCAGUAACCAUCAAUGUCUUGUCGAAAUAGUUAAUAGUUGUAUAUUUUAACUUAUUAUAUUGAUAUGAUGAA